AUAAAAUCUCGUAAGAAUGUUGUAAUUUUAAUAAACCUUAAACCUAAAAUAUUCUGCCAAUUCAUCAUUCCUAUGACAUAAUAAGAGCUCCUUCUGUCUACAGUUUCAACACUGACCCUGAACUUCGGUUUGGUAUAUUCCCUGUGCCUCUCCAUGGGCGUCUGUGGGAAGUCAGUCAGUAGGCUACAGCGUCUAUGACGCAUCGGUUUUGUUUGGAAAGCUCUCAUUGGUCAGAUUCCAGAGAGGGGCGUUUCAUUAUGCCGCGGGGGUUGUCUCUGAUUGGCUACGCUUGUUGUGAAGCUGCGUUCAGAUAACAGACGUCUGUCAAAGAUAGCGAGGGACUCAGACAACGGUGGAGCGGACUAUUAUUUUCUUCACACUUUUCAGGGAACACUACUUUUCAUCAAAUACACUCGCUGGAAAUGUUAUUUAACCCGACUGGUUUAAACGAAUGUUUACAAGAAUGGGAGGAUUUGGAAAAAGACUAUCAACAAGUUCAGGAGACACAUCGACUUUACAAACAAAAGCUGGAGGAGGUUUCGAAACUGCAGGACAGCUGUUCUUCAUCCAUUGCCAGGCAGAGGAAGAAGUUAAAGGAUCUCAACGAAUCCUUGCAGGAAUGCAGAGCGGUAGCAAAUCCAGAAGAUGUAAACAAAGUAGACGAGAUCCAUGAUUCUAUAAAGGAACGAUCAAACGUCUUUUCUGAGAUGGAGGCCUUCCUGCCGAAGAAAAAUGAGUUAUACCUCAGUCUUGUGCUUGGAAAUGUUAACGUUACACUCCUUAACAAGCAGUCCAAGUUUGCCUAUAAAGAUGAGUAUGAGAAGUUCAAACUAUACUUGACUGUGCUGCUCUUGUUGUUCUCAUUCACCUGUCGGUUUUUGGUCACCUACAGGGUUCUAGAUGCACUUUUCAACUUCCUGUUGGUGUGGUAUUAUUGUACAUUGACGAUAAGAGAGAGCAUCCUCAUUAAUAAUGGUUCCAAGAUCAAGGGCUGGUGGGUGUUUCAACACUAUGUUUCAACAUUUCUCUCUGGAGUAAUGCUGACCUGGCCAGAUGGUGAACUUUACCAGAUGUUCAGAAAUCAGUUCCUGUCCUACUCCAUGUAUAUAAAUUUUGUUCAGUUUCUCCAGUACUAUUACCAGAGUGGCUGCUUAUAUAGACUCAGAGCUCUUGGAGAAAGACACAACAUGGACCUCACAGUUGAGGGGUUUCAGUCCUGGAUGUGGAGGGGUCUGACCUUUCUCCUGCCUUUCCUUUUCUUGGGCCAUUUUUUCCAGCUUUAUAAUGGAAUUACACUAUUCCAAAUGGCCCAGCUACCAGAAUGGAAAGAGUGGCAGGUUCUGAUGUGUGGCUCUACUUUCCUUGUUUUGUUCAUGGGAAAUUUCUUCACCACUCUCGGUGUUGUUUACCACAAGUACAUGGAUCAGGACAAAGCAAAAGCUUUAUGAAUGACUGGCACAAAGGCACUGCUGAACUCUUUAUUAAAUCAAUUUAUGUUUUAUAUGAAUGUUUUUUUUAAAAGUCAGUGUGUUAAUAUUUUGUUGCUUAAAUGUUGUCAACAAAUGUUUUUUUUCUGUUUGUGGGUCAAACUGGAUAAAUUAUGAUUUUU